AUGUCUGAGGACUUACCAAAGAGGCUUUUUAAGGAGGACGAGGAGCCCCGAGUGACUCAGAUCAACAACAACUGCAGGAUCGACUACAUUAUCCGAAAGUUCCAAGCGUGGCUGCCAAAGGAGUUGGAUGUUGUGAAGAAAGAUCUGGUUUUUCAUCAUAUUUUUAAGCUCCAUGAGAAUGGUCUUGGAUACUCCGCGAGGGUGAUACACAGCUUCUUGUGUAGGGAGCUGGUGACUUACUUACAGCACGAGCUUUGGUUUGUCUUUGCGAGGAGACCGCUUCGAUUCUCAUUGCAAGAGUUCCACGCAGUAACCGGGUUUGAAUACGAUAUUCAUAUCUCGCUUGAGGAGUUUAAAGAGUGGAAAUAUGAUGGUGGUUUCUGGAGCAAGGUUUUGAGGAGAAAAGAUGGAACAAUUACACUCUUCAACCUGUGGACUAAGGACAAGGAAGCUUACAUCGCGGUGGUCAUGAAUCUUGACAGAGUUCGACGGUAUCCUUGGGGAGUUGCUGCUUAUGACCUUCUCUGCAAAUCAAUAGCCAAAAAUCGUUCCCAACUGAAGGAAAAGACCACUAGCUAUGUCUUGGAUGGCUUCUCAUACGCCUUGCAGAUUUGGGCAAUGGAAGCGGUACCAAAAAUUGGGAAGCUUUGUGGAAAAAAGCUGGAUAAGGGUUUCAAGGACGGUCCUAGAUGCAUAAACUGGAUGGGAGCUGCGAAGGAUGACAUCUACCCAUACAUCUCAUGGACAGGAAAUUAUGAUGUUGUCAAAGCUCAGUCAUUUCACAGAGAUGAUGAUGUGGAGGAUGAUAGAAUCAAGGUUCUGAUGGAGAUGAUAAAGAAGGGGCAUGAUUUUAGUGAGCAUGUUUGGGAAACUGAAGAAAAUGAAGUGAUUUCUUUAUCUCUCGAUGACGAAUCAGCUGUGAAUGAUGAAGCAAGCGUGAAUGUUGAAGCAGCCGAGAGUGAUGACGACUUUCAGACUCCGAAAGGAUCAAAAAACGUUGGUUCUAGAUCAAAGAGGGGUAAAAAGAGGUUUCCCGAUCGUGGUAUGGAGAAGAGAAAGCAUAAGUUCAGAGGGAUGAUGGAUUAUGGUUCAGACGGACGCAGGAGACAGUAA